AUGGCAUUGAUCUCUGGGAGCUGCCAGCUCCUGGGCCAGAUGGCGUCUUGUUGCUGCAGACCGCUGCUCAACUCCUGCUGCUGUGGACCGUUCCUCAAAGUCUGCCUCUCCUCCUUCACAGACAUCUCUCCUGCUGAGCUGGAUGCUCUUUGGAGGGAACCGCCAUAUACUCUUGGGGGAGCAAAUGAACACUUCUCGGGAAAUGACAUCAUGACUCAAGGUGCAGGUGAGGAGGACGACGGUCCAGUGGAGGAGCCAGGUGAAGGAGGGGUAGAGCCUGACAACCACUGGAAGAAGAAAGAGGCCUUAAGAGGAAGUACUAUGUCCCUGGGAGAUAAAUUCUCCUCAGAAAUUGAGCUGCUGUUCACCGGUCGGAGGCGCUCCAGCGAGCAGCCUGACCAGGUCCUGCAGGAGGCGCUGCGCACCCGACUCCGAGUGGUGGAGAGCAACAGCCAGGACGUCAUCCAGCUCUUCAAAGACUUGUCCGCACGUCUGGUGUCUGUGCACGCUGAGAAGGUAAACUUCGUACUCACAUUCAAGACCGUGGAGGAAGUCUGGAAGUUUUCUACUUACCUAGCGUUAGGUUACGUGGCUCGCUGCUUGGAGAACUUCCUGUGUGAUCAGUCCUUCUGGCUGGACCCAGAGCUGCUCAGUGACCUGCAGAUCAAUGUCGCUGUGGACGAGGAACGACUGGCCACCCUCUACCUGGGACUGUUACUCCAGGAGGGCUCCUUCUUCGCUAAGGCGCUGUUCACAAGAAGUGAUCAGGAUGAGGACAACGAAGAGCAGCUGUCGUUCAAAAAGAAUGAAUUGCUGAUGGUGAAGGACACAGGGCAGGACAGCAUGUGGGAGGGCACCAUGCUCUCCACAGGGAGCCACGGCCUGGUGCCGGUCAACGCCAUGCAACCGCUGCCGUACCCCUUCUAUCAGUGGUUUCUGAGGAACUACCCGGGCAAUGCUGGAUGCUCGCCAGCAGAAACGGAACCAUUUGAACAUGCUAUCGUGACAGGUUCCUGUGUAGCAGUGGUCGACCACAGCCCAGUGGACCCGGAUGAACUUCCACUCAGUCAAGGUGACAUUGUGGAGAUCCAGGGUCUACUCAUCCGAGGCCUGGAUGUGUUCAUAGCAACGCACUCUUGCACAGGUCACACUGGUUUCAUACACAAGGCCCAUGUCAAGCCUCUGGACACCAUACCCCUACGGUUAGUCUUUCUGACUGAGGAGGAGAGGGCCAGCCUCGCUCAGGUCAACCCCUGCAGCUCUGAGCCAAGUGACAGCGGCCUGCUGGAGAGACUCUUCUCGUCCGACAUCAGCUCUGUGUAUAGGCUAGACAGACUGGAUGAGACAGACUUCCUGUACAUCAGAAACCGGCCAAAACAUGAUCAUAAGGUUCCUGCAAGCACCCGUCAGAGCGUCGUGUCAGACAAAAGUGCAGGGACUCCCCCCUACCACUCCUCUCCUCGCACUUCUCUCUCUUACUCCUCACCUCGCCUGUCACUCUAUCAGUCCCUCAAUCCUCUGCCACGUGAGGGAGAGCGCCUGUCCUUGAUUCUGGACGACACAUUCAGAGAAAUGGACGAGUUCCAGGAAGACCCACCUCUCUUCUUGGAGGAGAACAGCUGGGAGGGGGAGGACUCUGAAUUCAGUGACCCCACACUGACCCUGCUCAACCAUGAACGCUUCCAGGAGGACCUCCUGCCGCUCUACGACCUGCAGUACUCCUUCCUGCGGGUGACCUUCAGUGGUAAGACUGAGGACGAGCUGCUGGGACACCUAGAGAGUAUCAGGGAGAGCGCCAAGAGGAUGGGCUUGGAGUGGGCACAUCGACGGGCAUGCUUCCUCCUGGGAAGACUCUGUGCCCGGAAGCUAAAGCUGUCCCAGGCCCGUGUGUACUAUGAGGAGGCUCUCAGUGUUCGUGUGGACAGUUUCUCUGACACGCCGCUCCUCGUCGCUCUCUACACAAACCUCACCGCUAUCUACCUGAAGCAGCGUAUGACGGACAAGCUGCCCCAGACCCUGGAGAAGGCCAUUGCCCUGCUACUCUGUCUCCCCUGCCACACCUUCACCUCCACGGACGAGGUUGAACUGCUGCAGCUACUCCUGAGGAGGUCGGUGGUGAUGGGGGACAAACACCUGGAGGCUCGCGUCUGCUACCUCGUCUCCAGCCUCUUCCUUCUUCGCAGGAAGACUGAUGACGCCCUCCCCUUUGUUGAGCGACUACAGUUCCUCUCGGUGACGCUCUCUGCCGCCGAGGGGCGUCCCAUUGUUCCUUUGGACCUCAACUGGCUCUUGAGCUGGCUCUAUCAUCGUAAAUACAUGCCUUACUUAGCGCUGGCUUCUCUGAGCCUGGACUCAAGACAGGACCACUCACUUCACAGCGCUUUCCGGAGGAUUGAGUUGUUUAUCAGGAACUCUGUUCGCCUGAACCCGUGCUGGAAUGAAGGCACCUCCCUGCUUCCUGCCCAGAUUGUGAUUUACCUUCAGCAGGCGCUGAUUAUAGCAGAGCAAGGGGAGGACUUGAAGACCCAGAGGGACCUGUGUCAGAGCUUGGCCACAGUCUACCUGCAGUACGACGCUCUCGAUAAGGCGGUGCUUUGUGCUCAACAAGCUGUAGAGACAGGAGGUCACAUCAAUGAGGAGGAGGGCUUUGAGGCCUCUGUGCUGCUUGGGUGGCUGCUGGUGUUGACGGGUGAGGCUGAGAGGGCCCAGAGUGUCCUGCAGCCACUGCUCACAUCACUCCAGGGCACAGACAGUCCCACGCAGCGAGGGGUGAUCCACAACCUCUUGGCUCUGUGUCUGAGGCAGCAGGGUUGCAUCCCGGAGGCAGGCAGGCAUCUCCACUCGGCCUUGGUGAUCUCAAGGGAAAGUGGAAACCAGAGGAACCAGGCCCUGGCACUGGCCAACCUGGGCUGCCUGGCAUUGGAUGUGGGGGCGCCUUUGGUGGCAGAACGCUUCUUGGUCAGGUCCCUGCAUCUUUUUCUGGAGCUCUGGGAAAGCCCCAUCGACGAGGAGCAUGUCCAGACCUACCUUUGGCUGGGGCGGAGCUACAAAGACAGGAGGAAGAGUCCGGACAGCAGGGCCUGUUAUGAAAUGGGGCUACUAAUUGCACUACAUGCCAGGAAUUUACACAGUCGGAUGGUGGUGGCCAAGGUGCUGAGUCAAGUGUAUGCUGACAUGCUGCUGUACAGCCAGAGCAUCGUCUACUAUGAGCACUGUGUGUCGGUAUGCAGAGAGCUGAAGGACAAGAGACUGGAGGGAGAGUAUCUGGAAAUCCUCAGCAGCCUCUACCUCUCACUCAACACUGAAAGAUCAUCUCGUAAAUCUCUGGACUACACCAAGCACCUGAGGAUUUCUAUUGAUUUGGGCAAGAGAGAGGAAGAGUCAGAGACCUGGCUGCAGGUGGGACGCAUCUAUUACCUCAUCCAGGAAGACGAACUAGCUGACAUGUACCUGCAGGCAGCAGUGAAGACGGCCCUGAGGAUGAACGAUCAUCACUUCGCCAUGAGCAUCUACGAGGAGGCAGGAGACGUCUACUUUAAAGGCUCCAGGAACCGAAUGGCUUCAAUGCCUUUCUACAGGGAUGGCGCUCUGCCGUUUGCACGGAGCAUCAAGGACAUCCAUUCAGAGUUCCGUUUGUUGAGUAAACUGACAGAGCUGUUAAUGAACCAGGGAGAGCAGGAAGAGGCUCUGCAGUACGCAACAUUGGCUGUUCAGAUCGCUGGAAAAACAGGUGUGCAUGUGAAUGAGAGGACCGCCUACCACCGGCUGGCUACAGUCUACUACAACCAGCAGCAGUACGAGUUGGCAGAAAACUACUACCUCAAGUCACUCUCCCUGUGUCCGCCCGCCCUGCAGGACCCCAUGGAGGCUCGCUACUACACCAAGGUGUACAGCCGACUGGGCAAUCUCACUCUACACAAACUGAAGGAUUCUUUUGACGCAGUGGGCUACUUCCAUUUGGCUCUAGCCGCGGCCCUGGAGGACCAAACUAACCCCGAGGCUCUGUAUGUGGUGUACAUGAAGCUGGCAGAGAUCCACGGCAACCACAUGCCUGAUGCUCAGCUGUGCCGAGAAUACAGAGACAGAGCCGAGGGUCUGAAGAGAGUUUUGGCUGGAGAGGAAGAGGCUGCUGUUGAAGAGGAGAACAUGGAGGAUGCAGAUGUAGAGCCUGGCCAAAAGAAGGACGAGGACCCUGGUGCUGAUAUGGAGCGUACGGAAAGUUUGCUUAGACAAACUGCAUGUUCAUUACCUGAAAAAGAAAAAUGUGAAGAUAACUUGCUUCCAAGAACUGGUAUACUUCACAGAGACACAGAGGAUAUAUGUACAGACACUAAUAUUGGAGAUGAUCACAUUAAUCGUGAUGCAGAUGGCUCUCUUGUGGACGCCUUGGAGUCUGAGACAGAAAUCAUCGGCAGUAAGUCGCACAGUGAUAGUAUUUUAACCGAGUCCUUUGAUACAGCCAAGGAGCAGAUCUCAGACUCCAGCAGCUCCACUGACACUUUACAAACUCAUCAGAAUCAAGCAGAUGGGAAAGACUUUGACACUGACACGCCCAGUCAGUCACCUGAUAAUCACAAAAGUGACAUCACAAGACGCACAGUUUCUGAUAAUCAUGAUGAACAACACACCCCUGAAGAAACGGAUGUGCAUGCAUAAAAAAGGUGUCAGUCUUGAGGGCAAUCGGUCUGAUACUGAGCGGCCAGAGAGAACGAUAAAGCUGUAAUUAAUUAAUGUGAAA